GUAGCGAACAGGAAUCGCAGCACAGAUACUACCGGGUCACUGGAGCUGCCAGCGGUUCUGUGCAGAGGGCACGGCUUGCAGUGCGAGCAGCGAUAUCAGAUCUCAUUGGUGUGGCAGUCCGAUUGACUGACAGGGCGCAGUCGGGCUCUACGUUACAAACUACCCCGUCCUUACUCGAAAUUGCACGCUUGCACUGGUGUAAACAAGUCCAAAUACAGUGGGCCUCCACAAGGGAGAUGGGACAUUGUAGCUAGCUUAACUAGCUACUGGUUUAACAGUGUGUCCAUCAAUGCAAAGAUAAGCGCUACACACAAAAAAGGUAAAAUAUCUGUCGAAGGGCAAAUGUUCGCUAUAUGCGUAGAAGACGUCGGUAGUUAACCCUGCAACAAACGAAUCAUGCAAUCAAGACUUAAGCGUAAAGCUGAGCUGUAUUUUGUACCACGUCGGUUCAUUUUUAAAGGUUCGAUUUAGAAAAUACAGAACAUUUACGAAAAUACAAACUAUCUCAGUAAGCAUAAUCACUCGGGCGAUUAAUAAUUGCAAAUCUGGCGUGCUUCUAUCCAACUUUAGGCGGACUUUUGAACAUCUUAUCGCCUGUGUCUUGAGAGAUUAAUUGAAGGCACGCACACGCAGCAGACGUUGCUACCGGGUUAGCCAAUAAUGAGUUUAUUGCCAGGGAUCGUACGUUUUCUAAGGACAGAAAGCUCGUUGAUUUCUACGCGGUUUAGAUGCUUUUCUCUCAAAUCGACCGUCAACGUGCCUGCAAAAAUGCCCUCCGCUGCAAACAAGCGCCUGCGCGUUCUGGUGGACAUGGACGGAGUGAUCGCGGAUUUUGAAGGAGGCUUUUUGAAGAAAUACCGAGCCAAGUACCCCGACGAUCCUUACAUUAGCCUGGAGGACAGAAGAGGAUUCUGGGUCUCGACUCAGUACGGACAACUUAGAAGUGAUCUUUGCGAGAAGGCGAUCAGCAUAUGGGAAUCGGAGAACUUCUUUAUAGAGUUGGAUCCCGUGGCGGGAGGAGUGGAAGCCGUGAAGCAGAUGUCUAAGAUGGAAAACACAGAUGUCUUCAUUUGCACCAGCCCAAUAAAGCACUACAGGCACUGCCCGUAUGAGAAGUACGCCUGGAUAGAGAAGCACCUGGGUCAUGAGUUCCUGGAGCAGAUUAUACUCACCAGAGACAAGACUGUGGUGACUGGUGACAUCCUUAUAGACGACAAGCCAGACAUCCUCGGUGCUGAAUCCAGCCCCACCUGGGAGCACGUCCUGUUCACAGCCUGCCACAACAAGCACCUGCCCCCCUGCCCCUCCCGCAGGCGCCUGCUCUCCUGGGACGAUGACUGGAGGGGCAUCCUGGAGAGCAAGAGGCACUGAUGACCCCCAACCCCCC